GGCAGCGGCUUAACCCACUGAGCCACCCAGGCGCCCGUAGAAUGCAUCUUCUAUUUGAGAGGAGGCUCUGGCUGGGAAGUGGGACCUGAUCCUCUUCCUUAGGGCCUGGGGGUGCCGGGGAGUGUCCCUAGAUUGAACACCCCCUGGGUGGAUGGGGGCUGUGUCACUCUGUACCACUUCCAUCUCUGCUUCCUUCUUCGGGCAGCAACACAUAAUAUAAGCUUGGUCCAGGCCCAUACUUUUAACCCCUCACUUUUAGCCCCUCUCUCUUCUCCGCCUCCCAGACCCCUCAUGCUCAGUUCCUGACUCUGCCCUCCAUUGGCAUAGACCCUCCACUCCACACCCAUAGUUCUUCCUUCCACUACCUCAGCACGGCUUUCCAGUCUUUACACCCUCAGAAUCCCAACUCGCAGCCCUCUCUGUGCUUAGUCCUCUCUCAGGACGCCUCUGCAGCCGCUGUGGGAGCCCCUUAGUCUCACUACAUCCAGUCCAGCUCAGGGUCUUCGUCCCCGUUUAUCCCCCUUGUUCGCCGCCUCGCUCAACUCCCUGCUCAACUCCCUUUACCCGAACUCCUAACCCCCCCCCCCCCCCCCGCCGAGAGGACCCAUUCAGUCUCCUCCCCCAAGGGAACCCCCAGGCACCCCUCCCAGAGGCCCGCCAGUCCCAGGGCCCGGUGCCCCCCCUGGUCCAGCCGGUCCCGCCCCAUCCCGGCGGGCUGAGUCAGGCGGCAGGAACUGGGCGGGGGGCGGCGCCGGGAGGAGCUGAAGCCCGAGCCGGAGUCGCUGGGAGCGAGCGCGGAGCCCCGCUCGGCCAGCACCUAGUGGCCCUGGGCCUGUGGGGACACAGGGGUGGGAGGGCAAGUGCAGGGAGUGGGGAGCUGUCCUGGACCUACCAUGAGUGCCAAGAAGAGAGGGAGCCCCGCGCGGACUCAUUCCAUGAUGUCCCUGUCGGUGCGGCCGCAGCGCCGCCUGCUCAGCGCCCGGGUCAAUAGGAGCCAGUCCUUCGCAGGCGUCCUCGGCAGCCACGAGCGGGGGCCCAGGAGCUUCCCGGCCUUCAGUCCCCCGGGGCCUCCACGGAAGCCCCCAGCGCUUUCCCGAGUAUCCAGGAUGUUUGCCGUGGCGCACCCUGCCCCUAAGGUCCCGCAGCCUGAGCGGCUGGACCUGGUGUACACUGCGCUCAAGCGGGGCCUGACGGCCUAUUUGGAAGUGCACCAGCAGGAGCAGGAGAAACUCCAGGGACAGAUUAGGGAGUCCAAGAGGAAUUCCCGCCUGGGCUUCCUGUAUGACUUGGACAAGCAAGUCAAGUCCAUUGAACGCUUCCUGCGACGGUUGGAGUUCCACGCCAGCAAGAUUGAUGAACUCUAUGAGGCGUACUGUGUCCAGCGGCGUCUCCGGGAUGGUGCCUACAACAUGGUCCGUGCCUACAGCACUGGGUCCCCGGGGAGCCGCGAGGCCCGAGACAGCCUGGCCGAAGCCACUCGAGGGCAUCGCGAGUACACAGAGAGCAUGUGUCUGCUGGAGAGUGAGCUAGAGGCACAGCUGGGCGAGUUCCAUCUCCGGAUGAAAGGGCUGGCUGGCUUCGCCAGGCUGUGUGUAGGCGAUCAGUAUGAGAUCUGCAUGAAAUAUGGGCGGCAGCGCUGGAAACUACGGGGCCGAAUUGAGGGUAGCGGAAAGCAGGUGUGGGACAGUGAAGAAACCGUCUUUCUUCCUCUUCUUACGGAAUUCCUGUCCAUCAAGGUGACAGAACUGAAGGGUCUGGCCAACCAUGUGGUUGUAGGCAGUGUCUCCUGUGAGACCAAGGACCUGUUUGCUGCCCUGCCCCAAGUGGUAGCUGUGGACAUCAAUGACCUCGGCACCAUCAAGCUCAGCUUGGAAGUCACAUGGAGCCCCUUCGACAAAGAUGACCAGCCCUCAACUGCUUCCACUGUCAACAAGGCCUCCACAGUCACCAAGCGCUUCUCCACCUAUAGCCAGAGCCCACCAGACACACCCUCACUUCGGGAACAGGCUUUUUAUAAUAUGCUGAGGCGGCAGGAGGAGAUGGAGAAUGGGACAGCAUGGUCCCUGUCAUCUGAAUCUUCAGACGACUCAUCCAGCCCCCAGCUCUCAGGCACUGCCCGCCACUCUUCAGCCCCCAGGCCUCUGGUGCAGCAGCCUGAGCCUCUGCCCAUUCAGGUCACCUUCCGUAGGCCUGAAACCCCCACCUCUAGGCCCGUGGAUGAAGAGGGGGCCAAAGCCCCAGCCCUGGCCAAUGGGCAUGCCCCCUACAGCCGGACUCUGAGCCAUAUCAGUGAGGCCAGUGUGGACGCUGCCUUGGCUGAGGCUUCAGUGGAGGCUCUGGGUCUAGAAAAUCUAGCUCAGGGACCUAGCCUGCAUGCACACCCAGAUCCCACCCAUGGGGAGCAACCUGGUCCUGUCCCUCCUGCUGUGGACCCUCUCCAUUCUGCCACAAACCCUACCCUCAGUACAACAGGCCCUGCCCACACAUCUACAGACCCAGACCUGUCUGCACAUCUAGACUUGGUUCACAAGGUCACAGAUGCUAGCUCUUCUGAACUGCCAGGCCCCACCCAUACCACUACAAGCUCGACCUCUAAUGCCAUUAGCCCCAGCCACAGUGCUCCAAGCGCCACUCACACUACCACAGGUUCCACUCACAAGCCCAUGGUCUCUACCCCUUCCACUACAGUCUCUGCCCCCAGUGCCACAACCCCAGCCCAGACCACCGCAAGACCCACCAAGGAAGCAAUGCUUUCUGCCCUCGCUACUGUAGCUCCUACCCCCAAUACUAUAGGCCCUGUACAGACAACCACAAGCCCUGUCCACACUACCACAAGCCCGACCCAUACUACGGCAGGCCCCUCCUGUGUCACUACAAGCCCCACCCACACUACUGCCGGCCCCACCCAUGCCACUACAAGCCCCACCCACACUACUGCAUGCCCCACCCAUGCCACUACAAGCCCCACCCACACUACUGCAAGCCCUACCCAUGCCACUACAAGCCCCACCCAUACCACUAUAAGCCCCACCCAUGCCACUGCAAGUCCCACCCAUACUACCACAAGCCCCUCAAAAACCAUUGCAAGCCCUCCCCAUACCGCUACAACCCCUACUCACAAAGCCAGAAUGUCAACUCACACCACUGCAAGUCCUGUCCCCAAAGCUAAGGACCCAGUCCAGACCACCAGGAGCCCCACGCAUCCUGUCACAACCCACAGCUCUUCCAGUUCUCCAGACGAUGCCAUGCUUCCCAGCCCCUCUGAAAACACAGACCCUACCCUCCCAGGCAACCACACCCUGUCCUGCAGCUACGCAGCCUCUGCUCCUUGCACUCAGGCAGACCCCAUAGACCCCAGCCUCUCUUACCCAAGUCCUGCCUGUUCCAGUUGGGAACCCCUCAAAAGUCACUCCCCAGACGCCCUAGGGGAGCCUGUCCUUCAGAGCCCAAGCCCACCUCCUUCACCUCUAGCCCCUGUGCCCCAGCAUUUAGACCCUAGCCUAGCCAUGUCCACCCGGGCCCAGGUUCCAGGGGCAGCUGGAGGGGCUGGGGAUAGGAGGCUGGAAGAGGCCCUGGGGGCCCUGAUGGCUGCCCUGGAUGACUACCGUGGCCAGUUCCCUGAGCUGCAGGGCCUGGAGCAGGAGGUGACCCGGCUGGAGAGUCUGCUCAUGCAGAGACAAGGCCUGACUCGCAGCCGGGCCUCCAGCCUGAGUAUCACUGUGGAACAUGCCCUGGAGAGCUUCAGCUUCCUCAAUGAGGAUGAAGAUGAAGACAUGGAUGGUCCUGGAGACAGGCCCCCAAACAGCCUGGAGCCUGGGGCUGAGGACAGCCUCGACUUACCCAGUGCCCGCCCCCUCAGCACGGAGUGUCCAGCUCUGGACGCUGCCUUGGUCCAGCACCUGUACCACUGCAGCCGCCUCCUGCUGAAACUGGGCACCUUUGGGCCCUUGCGCUGCCAGGAGGCAUGGGCCCUGGAGCGGCUGCUGAGGGAGGCCAGAGUGCUGGAAGCUGUGUGCGAGCUUAGCAGGCGAUGGGAAAUCCCUGCCACCUCUGCCCAGGAAGUGGUGCAGUUCUCAGCCUCCCGGCCCGGCUUCCUGGCCUUCUGGGACCGGUGCACAGAGGGACUCAGCCCCUUCAUCUGCCCUGUGGAGCGAGUCCUUCUCACCUUCUGCGAUCAGUACAGUGCCCGUCUCUCCCUGCGCCAGCAGGGCCUAGCUGAGGCUGUGUGUGUCAAGUUCCUGGAGGAUGCCUUAGGGCAGAAGCUGCCCAGGAGGCCCCAGCCAGGCCCCGGAGAGCAGUUCACCGUCUUCCAGUUCUGGAGUUAUGUCGAAGCCUUGGAAAGCCCCUCCAUGGAGGCCUAUGUGACUGAAACCGCUGAGGAGGUGUUACUGGUGCAGAAUUUGAACUCGGAUGACCAGGCUGUUGUUUUGAAGGCCCUGAGGCUGGCGCCCGAGGGGCGGCUGCGGAGGGAUGGGCUUCGGGCCCUCAGCUCGCUGCUGGUCCAUGGCAACAACAAGGUCAUGGCUGCUGUCAGCACCCAGCUCCGGAGCCUAUCCCUGGGCCCAGUCUUUCGGGAACGGGCCCUGCUUUGCUUCCUGGACCAGCUCGAGGAUGAGGAUGUACAGACGAGGGUGGCUGGCUGCCUGGCCCUGGGCUGCAUCAAGGCUCCUGAGGGCAUUGAGCCCCUAGUGUACCUGUGCCAAACGGACACAGAAGCCGUGAGGGAGGCUGCUCGGCAGAGCCUGCAACAGUGUGGGGAAGAGGGGCAGUCUGCCCAUCGACGGCUGGAGGAGUCCCUGGACGCCCUGCCCCGCAUCUUUGGGCCUGGCAGCAUGGCCAGCACGGCAUUCUGAAUUCCUUACCCACUGGCUUCCUGUGCCCCUUCCCCUCACUUUCAGGGCUUAGCAGGCACUGGCAGGGAGGGUGAGGGCUGGCUCCAGACACCUCUCCCCCACAGAUUCCCAUCCAUGAAAAUCUAAUAUAUUCUUCCGUCGCUCUUGGGUUGGUAGAGUCCGUGCCUGCAGUCCAGUGCCUCCCAGCCUCGGCUCAGCACACUCGCCACAAAAUCAGUGUCCCACCACACCCCCUGGUUUUAUAUUUUAUUUACAGAGUUUUACAGAAAAUAAAAAGCAAAAUGCCUUUCCUACA